AUGAUGAGUUACAGCUACUUAGGGAUUGUUAUGGCAGCUUUGGCCGUCCUUAUUGCAAUGAUUUGGCAAUUUUGUUGGAAUGUCUUGUGGAGGCCAUAUGCUUUGACUAAAAGCUUUGAAAAGCAAGGAAUCAAAGGACCGCCCUACAACAUCUUCUAUGGUUCUCUUCGUGAAAUGGAGAGCCUGAGGAAAGCUGCAUAUGAAAUGAUCCUAGAUACAAACUGCAAUGACAUCUCUCAGAAAGUUCUCCCGUACUUUCAUAAAUGGUCUGCUGAAUAUGGAGAGGUAUUUUUGUAUUGGCGUGGGCUGCACCCAACAAUUGCUAUCGAAGACCCUGAGAUUGCCAGACAGGUAUUUAAGUCUGGUUUCUUUGUGAAACCCGAAAUGCCGCCUACACUAUUAGCAUUCGGGGGACUUGGAUUGGGCCAAUUGAAUGGACAGGACUGGGUUAGACACAGAACGAUUCUCAAUCCUGCCUUUACCGUGGAAAAGCUCAAGGUUAUGACAAAGACAUUUGCAGCUUUGACCAUAGACAUGAUUGAUAAUUGGAAAAAUAAGGCUCUUAUUGCUGGCCAACAAUCGAUCACGAUACAAGUGAGUGAAGAGUUUAAAAAGCUUACAUCUGAUAUAAUUGCUCAUAUUGCUUUUGGGAGUAGCUAUGCUGAAGGAAUGGAAGCUUUUAAAGCACAAAAGGAGCUGGAAAGACAUUGCCUUGCUACUAGUACAAACAUUUACGUCCCUGGAAACCAAUUUCUUCCUACACCGUCAAACCUUCGAAUGUGGAAGCUAGAGAAGAAAGUGAAGAACUCGCUAAGCCGCAUAAUUUUGGGGAGAAUAGAGUCGGAGUCCACUGCCAAUCUAUUAAGUUGGACCAUAUUCUUGUUGAGCUUACAUCAAGAAUGGCAAGAGAGAGUUAGGGAAGAGGUGCUAAGGGAGUGUGGGAUGGGAAUUCCUGAAGCUGAUGUGCUUACCAAGUUGAAAGAGGUGAACAUGGUUCUUCUUGAGACUUUGAGGCUGUAUGGUGCAGUAAUGGAUACGGAUAGAGAGGCAGCAAAAGAUAUGAAAAUAGGGAAUUUGAUGAUUCCAAAAGGUGUACGUGUAACAAUUCAAUUUGUGAAGAUUCAUAGGAGCAAAGAAUAUUGGGGAGACGAUGCAAACGAGUUCAAUCCAUUAAGGUUCAAGAAUGGAGUAUCUCAAGCUGCAAGACACCCAAAUGCUUUCAUCGCCUUUGGAUUUGGUUCGAGAGGUUGCAUUGGUCAGAAUUUAGCGAUGCUGGAGAUGAAAAUGGUGCUUUCAUUAUUGCUUCAACAAUUUUCUUUUUCCCUCUCUCCAGAGUAUAAGCAUGCACCCGCUAACCACUUGACUUUGCAGCCACAAUAUGGAGUCCCCGUUAUCGUGAAACCUUUUCUUCUUUCAAAAUAA